CUCUCCGCAUUUCGCGAAAACCCCUCGAUGGGACAGUCGUCGCGGAAACUGAAAACUUCCUCUCUUCCUCCCUCUGUCUGCAACCCAAACCCUAAACCCUAAUUUUUCACUCAUCUUCUAUUCUCACCCGCCAUUGGUAACCCUAAAACGAGGAACAGUCGUUGUCCCCGGACUCGAAACCGAAGCGAGAACAAGAAGAAACCAUAGUUCCUGAAGGCCUCUGGCUUCUCCGCUCUCUGACGGUUCCUUCUGUCAUGGUUAUUGGAGAAGCACUGAAUCCCACCCAUUUUCUUUUGCUACUUCCGCUACAAACCGCAGUUGACGCGGAGACAUGACGAAGGCGAGUGGUAGAUGAUUGCAAUGCGUAUGAUUUCUGUUUUUCGUUGGCCUUCCUAGGUUAUUCAGAUUCAUAAGGCAGAGAAUUCGUGUCAUUUAGGCGUUAACGGUGCUUGAGUUGGUUCUAUAGCGGCUGUGUAUAAAAACGAGGAAUUGGUAACUGAGGAACGGGUAGUUGAAUGUACACAACCUGCUUCUCCCUGUGGGACGUUCCUCGGGCCUUUCAAAAUGACCCUUUGAAGCCUUACAAAUGCUGUGUUGGCCGAAGUAAUACCAUAAUCCAUGGUAGGAUAAGCUCAGAAUCUCCGAGAAGAACGAUAGAUGAUACGAAUUGGGAUGCAGGUUCUUGAGCAGCCCCCUACUCUGCUGCGUGUAUUUUGGAAAGGCAAGAGGUUCUGCUUUUCUGCCGGAGAAAGACCGACAGUCGUCGAGAGUUUAAAGCGGGAGAAAGAAUGAGUAAUGUUCGAAAUUGGGAUGCAGAUGUCUGCAAUGUCACCGUCGCCCUUGCAGAUCCCACACAGCUCCGUUCCGAGAUCUUCCUCCGCUCCUCUCCAACCACAACUUCAGCCUGGCCUUUCUGCAUCAUCUCUCUCUCUUGGCCUUCUUCCACUCCCUCCUCCCGCCUCUUCUCAUCAUCGUGCUGACCACAUGAUCAACGUGGAGCCACUUGCUGCAGUGCACCCUCUGCCUGAGCACUCCGUGCCCACGGCAACACCCAUAUCAUCGCUGCCGAAGAUAAAGCUUUCAGAGAUCACUUCAUAUGACGGCGCUCCCACACCUAUGUACAACAAGGCAGUAGAGACCCUUUCUUCGUCGUUGACAAGGCACAACGCAGCUGUGAUCGUUGUAGGGAGCGAGGAAGCUGCUCUGCUUAGGUGCGCUUUGGAGUCCGGAAAGCUAUAUUUCCGAACACGCUCGCAAUUUGGUGGCAGUUGGUCCAAGCCUGCUCGCCCUGGUAUUUACAUGUAUAGAGCCGGAAGGGCACUUGAAGAAGGGGAUUCUUCACCACCAUGUUUGGGGGAGGCUUUCAGAUGCAUGGGGAAGGCUUCUAGAGUGGCACUCUGUGCAAUUGCAAGGCAUCUUCGCCUGCGGAGCGAUGUUUUCAAUCAUUUACUGGAUGAUACACCGUUACCUGCUAACGAAGCUUCUUCAUCAGUACUGGUUGCAACUUACUCACACACUUCAACACAGAACGGCAAAGGUAUGAUGGGAGGAGUAAAGCCUGUGACAAACGGCGAAGUUGAGAAAGGAUUACUUACAUUGAUUGCUUCAGAUAAUCCAGGGCUUCAGGUCUGUGACCCAAAUGGGCGUUGGUACCUGGCAGAUGGUGGUUUGGGACCUGGGGAUCUGUUGCUCCUUACAGGAAGAGCACUUAGUCAUGCCACUGCUGGACUGAGACAUGCUGCUUCAUACAGGGCUAUUACUGAUUAUGGUGUAGGAGCUACGACUGGGGGCAGGAUGUCAUUAUUGUUUAGGCUUAUGCCACAAAGCAAUGCUAUACUGGACUGUUCUCCUAUAGCAGCAGCUGGACAUAUAAUCCCCCAAAGCUUUGUGCCAAUAAGCGUUAGCCAGUUUAUGGAUGAUUUAUCUACUGAAGAAAUGACAGCAUGCAAUCAUGUAGAGAAUAACUAUGAAGUGCAAAAUAAUGUUAACCCAGAGCCAUCAUUGAGGAGUGUUCUCUCAGAUCCAUUGUCUGGUGCAUUCCUCGAAGAUGCAAUGGUUGUCUCCUGUGGUCAUUCAUUUGGUGGGAUGAUGCUAAGGAAAGUCAUUGAUAUGUCCAGGUGCAGUACCUGCGGUGUGGAGAUUGAUAGUGGUUCAUUGAUCCCUAAUCAUGCUCUAAGGGCUGCUGCUGCAGCUGUAAAGCAUGAGGACGACCGGAGGCUAUUCCAUAAUGCAGCACUCCGUAAAAGAAGGAAGGAAGGCGUUGAGCAUGUGGAUUCAGUAAAGAGACUAAACAAGGAAGAUGGGGAAAUGAAUGCAGAUGGUGAGAACCUUGGACUGAAAGCCGUACAAUAUCCAUUUUCUGUAAAUGAGAAAGUGAUAAUUAAGGGGAAUAGGAGAACACCUGAGAAAUUUGUAGGAAGGGAAGCAGUGAUCACCUCACAGUGUCUAAAUGGCUGGUAUCUUCUCAAGACCUUAGAUAAUGGGGAAAGCGUUCGUCUGCAGUAUAGGUCACUACACAAGAUCUCAAAACCUCAAGCAGAUCAACAACCUCAGCAUGUGGUUCAGAAUGGCAGCUGACAAGAAAGUACUCCUGCAAGACAUCUCGGACGUGUAAAUUGUUAUGGUGUAUAUUUCAUCCCUUAAGCAACCGGCUCGAAUUCAGUGAGGAUCUUACUGCUCGACAUAUCUAUCAAUCCACGGAGCAAAAUCAUCUUCAUCUGAACAAUGAUGAGCGGAAUGUAUGCUGACAUCUGAGCGCGAUCAUCCUGUUAUGGAAUUAAGUACAUUGUUCAUUGUACAAAGCCCUAGUUUUUAUCUAAUGUAGCGCAUUGCCUAGUAAUCUUCUCUAAUGUGAGGCAAAAAAGCGUCUCUUGUUCUUGUUUGACAUUCUGGCUUGAGAACAGGGAGUCAAGGACCGGACGGCUCGUCCCUGGCGAGCUGUGAUCAAUGUGUUGCAAGGACUAUACCAUGGAACAGCUCAAGUAUAGAAUGACAGAGUUGAAGGCUGCCAAACAUGCAAACCGGUGAUGAAAUUAUGUUAA